AUGUUUUCUCCAUCUCCUUCCGCUUCCUCCUCCUCUUCCGCCCUUAUCCACCUCCUCCUCUCAACCCCAACCCAAACUCUUGCACACAAACGCAUCCUCUGGAACAAUACCCAAAAGAAGAUAAUCAAGCGCCAUGCGUUCGCGAGGUUUCCGGCAUCAUUUCAAAGGGAGCAGCAAAACCGAACCUCUUCGUCUCCCGCUUUCCAGCAAAACCAAGCAGGCCAAGACCAAGGAUUCCAAAUCCAAGACCAGCAAGACCAACUUCGAUCAAGCCAGACAUACCAAGAGCAGCAGCAGCAGCACCAGCAAAUCCGACUUCAAGACCAGCAGCACCAAAACAAAGACGAAAACCGGCGCCAGCAGCAAGAAGACGAUCAAGACGACGAAGAAUCCCAAAAGAUUACCUCUUCACCAUUUACGCUCCGCAUGAAAAGCCUUAUUACCGAGCUAGGGGUUUGGGAGAUUUUGAUUAAGAAAGAAGAGAAGAAUGAGAACGGUGACGUCGAAGGCGAAGAAGGAGAAGAAAAUCCAGCUUUAGCUUACCAAGAUCCAAACGAUUUAUACCAAGCUCAAGCCGCCAACCACCCUACUCCCACUCCUCUAACAAUCCUCGCGGAAAAGCUAGCUCGAAAAAUGCAGCAUGAACGCAAUAAACAAGAGAAGAUAAAAGAAAGAGAUAAGGAGUUGAAGAAUGGAAAAGGGGUGAUGAUGGGUAGAGAUUCAAGAAAGGGGAAAGGGAUGAGGAAGAGUAAGAGGACUAACCUCAAAUACAAUUACGCAUCCAAGUCCAAUGUCGAUUCCGAUUCCGAUUCCGAAGACUUUGAAUUCAAUCCCGCCGAUUACUUCCUUAACGGAAAAAUGAAAAAGCUUGCGCGAGAUCGCCGUACCCGCAUCCGAGCCCUUAAAAAGCGAGCACGACGCGUUAUGACUCCAAAGAUGUCUAUUAAUGCCGACGAUGAAGAUAAUCAUAACCACGAUAAUCAAAACGAUAAUUUAGAUGCCGAAGGAGAAGAGGAAGCAAAGGAAUUAUCAGCAGUCCCAUUAUUGCCAUCGAUGCAACGGAUCCCGUCGUUGCCACCGAUGCAACGAAUCCCGUCGUUGCCGCCGAUGGAACUAGCGCCGCCGGUGCAGCCAAGGCAACCGAUGCAAUUCCAGCCGCUGCAGCAAAGCAAUGCAAUGUAUCCGGAUUGGUAUGGGGAGUUGUAUGGGAAUGAAGAUGGAAACCAACAUGAGUUUUCAGGUCCGGCUUCGAAUAUGCAAAUGCAACAGCGGCAGCACCAGCAAACGAAUCUCGGGCAGAGUCAAGAAGAUGCCGGUGGAGCUGGACUCGGCGGAUUCGGAACUGGCUUUGGACCUGGAUUCGGCGGAUUCGGAACUAGAUUUAGAUCUGGAUUCGAGCCUGGCUUCGGCCAUCAAGGUUUUCGUAACUUUGAUGCUUUGAAUACCGAUCUAAGCUUUAGCGCCGGGAUGAGAGGCGGUAUGAGACCCGGGAUGGGACCUGGUGGCUUGGAUACCGCCGGCAUGGGACCCGGGAUGGGACCCGGCGGCUUGGACACCGCCGGCAUGAGACCCGGGAUGGGACCCGGGAUAGGACCCGGCGGCUUGGACACCGCCGGCCUGAGACCCGGGAUGGGAUACGGCGGCUUGAACAACGCCGGCAUAGGCCCCGGUGGUAUAGGAAUGGGCAUGGGAAUAGGAAUGGGCGCCUUCGGCCCGGGCGCCUCCGGCACAAGCAACGGCUUAGGAAUAGGAGUGGGAAUGAGCAUGCCCAUGCACAUGCCCACGCUCAACACCCCUCCAUUUACCAACUCCAAUCCAAACUCGCACACCAACUCAAUCGCUUAUCCAAAUGCGGACUUGGAUAAGAUCCUGGAUAUUAAUAGAAAUGCGGACGCGAGUGUUUCUAAUGAAAAGGUGGUUUUGGAUAGGCAGCAGAAGCAACAACAGCCGCAGCCGCAGCCGCAGCCGCAGCAACAGCAACAGCAACAGCAACAGCAACAACAGCUGCAGCAAUACCAGUCACCUACUUCUCAAUAUCCACAACCACUAAUCCCCGCUCCAGCUUGGGCACCACCCUCUCGCCAGCUCCCCGUUCCCGAAGCUGGAGGUAAUAUUGAUUUCGGCAACUGGCCCAACUUCGAUAGCAAUAACACCAUGAGUACGAACGGCUCCAACAGCGAUGGCUUCGCUGCUAUAAACAACCUUGGUAUCGGCCUAGCCGGUCCAGCCCUUUUCUCUAAUGGUAUAAGAGGAUCGAUCGGCUCCGCUGGCAUGCAGCCGCUCGGCGCAUAUCCUUUAGACGAUUUCGCUGAUAUUGCGGAAUUGGUGCGAAAUCAAGAUCGAAACGUUAGGCAGCCGUAA